GAACAGCUGAACAAGGCCACAAUUUGCCGCACAAUAAGGAGUGUGUGUCUGGCUAUCAAAGCAUUAGCAGAUGUCUUCAUCUCCUUCCCUGGCCACAGAAGACUCUGUGACAUGAAAGAGGAGUUCUAUAGGAUUGCAGGUUUCCCCAAUGUCAUUGGUGCAGUGGACUGCACACACAUAAGGAUAAAAGCCCCCUCAGGUGCCCAUUAGGCCGAUUUUGUGAAUAGGAAAUCCUUUCACAGCAUUAAUGUUCAGGUGAACAUAACUUUUUGAUAUUGUCCAUUGACGAACACUCUGCAUUGCCAAUGAUGUGCAUUGAUUGGUGUAAUAUUCCUCAUCUUAUGAUUUCAGAUGGUCUGCAAUGCUGACUGUGUGAUCAGCAAUGUUGUGGCAAAAUGGCCUAGCUCAGUCCAUGACUCCAGAAUCUUUCGGGCCUCUGAAAUCUAUCAGUGCCUAUCACAAGGUGAAUUCUCUGGUGUGUUGCUGGGAGACAGGGGGUAUGGCUGCCAGCCUUUUCUCCUGACACCUUUCACAGACCCCCAGGAAGCACAGCAGGCCUACAACCAUGCCCAUGCCAGGACCAGGGCCAGAGUUGAAAUGACCUUUGGCCUCCUGAAGGCACGCUUUCACUGCCUUCACAAAUUAAGGGUCAACCCUGUUAGGGCAUGUGAUAUUACUGUGGCUUGUGCUGUCCUCCACAAUGUAGCCUGCCUGAGGAAGGAGAGGGCCCCCAGAGUGCCACCAGCCAUGGACUGGGACAAUCCGGCAAUCUUCCCUGAUGACGACAGUGGUCGGCUGCUGAGGGACCAAUAUGUGUUGAAUUAUUUUAGUUAGUAUGUGUGCUUUCAAUUUAGGUAAAAAAUGUCCUGCUGUGGCAGAGGAAAUAGGGUUUUUUUGGGUUGGUUUUUUUUACGAAUUUGGCCUCUUAUGAUGUUUGUGCGGUAUACUGUGUGUAAUGCAAGGCUGCAGGGAGGCUACUGCAUCCAUUCAUUUGUCUGUUCAGUUGAUGUGUAUGGAUUUGUCCUGCAUUUAUUUUAGUGUGCAGACAUGCAGGGUGUGUUAUAUACAGACCUUUGAAUGUGUAUGUAUCAUUUUGUAUAAUAUGCUUUGAUUCUGUGCUUUCCAUCUUGUAGAGUCACUGUGACUUCAGUUUCGAAAGGAGCUGAUAGUUUACCUGCUUUGUUUUGUCCUUAUUCAAUAAAGGAACAUAAUGUUACACAUUGUGUUUUUAUAUUCA